UCUCUGCAGGCUCACCAUGAAGGCGGUGGGCAGCCUGGGCCAAAACCUGUGGCUGGGGCUGCUUCUCUGCUGGGCAGCCCUCGGGUCUCCAGAGGGCAACAAGGAGCUCCAGCUCUUCAACCGCCUCUUUGCCAACUAUGACAAGUCCAGGUGGCCGGUGCGCAGGGUGGGCGAAGUGCUGAAGAUCUCUCUGAAGCUGACCCUCACCAACCUCAUCUCCCUGAACACCAAAGAGGAGACCCUCACCACCAAUGUCUGGAUUACUCAGGAAUGGGUGGACUAUCGGCUGAACUUUAGCAGCGAGGAGUACGACAAAGCCCUCCGAGUCCCAGCCGACCUGGUGUGGUUGCCGGACAUUGUCCUGGAGAACAACAUCGAUGGCAACUUUGACGUGUCCUAUUCUGUCAACGUGCUGAUCUACCCCGGGGGAAACGUGUACUGGCUCCCCCCCGCCAUCUACCGCAGCUCCUGCCCCAUCGAGGUCACUUACUUCCCCUUUGACUGGCAAAACUGCUCCCUCGUUUUCCGCUCGAAAACACACAACGCCAAAGAAAUAGAACUCCAGUAUGGACUUGAUGACAAUACCCAGGAACCAGCGAAGCAGAUCAUAAUUGACCCAAAGGCUUUCACAGAGAACGGGGAGUGGGCCAUCCGGCACCUCCCAGCCCGCCAGCUCCUGGCCCCCACGACCGGUCUUGAGGCCCCUGGCUUCUCCGAGAUCCACUACUUCCUCGUCAUCCAGCGCAAGCCUCUCUUCUAUAUCAUCAACAUCAUCGUGCCCUGCGUCCUGAUCUCCUCCCUGGUAGUCCUGGUGUACUUCCUGCCUGCCCAGGCCGGAGGACAGAAGUGCACUGUCAGCAUCUCGGUCCUGCUGGCCCAGACGGUCUUCCUCUUCCUGAUCGCCCAGAAGGUGCCCGAGACGUCGCUCAGUGUCCCCCUCAUUGGCAAGUACCUGCUCUUUGUGAUGACAGUGGCCACGCUGAUUGUCAUGAACUGUGUUGUCGUGCUGAACGUCUCCCUGCGCAGCCCCAGCACCCAUCUCAUGUCCCCGAACCUCAAACAUCUCUUCCUGAAGAUCCUCCCACACUACUUGGGCUCCACCAUAGGGCCAGCAGGGGAUGAGCCCCAGGACGCCUCCCGCCCUCGCCGGCACAGCUCCUUCUCCAUUAUGGUCAAGGCCGAGGAGUACAUCCUAAAAAAGGCCCGGAGUGAGAUCCUGUUUGAGCACCAGGGGCAGCGGCACGGGCUGCAGAGGGCACCCAACUAUGAUGGGCUGGAUGUGCAGAUGACCACCGUCUUGUACAAGAACCUAUCCAGCCUGGCACCGGAGAUCAAGGAAUGUGUGGACGCUUGCAACUUCAUCACCAAGAGCACCAAGGACCAGAAUGCUGAUGGGGCGGAGAUCGAGAACUGGGUGCUGAUUGGGCAGAUGAUAGACAAGCUGUGCUUCUGGAUUGCCAUCUUGCUCUUCACCACUGGCACUCUUGCCAUCUUCUUCAUGGGGCACCUCAACACGGUGCCCGAGGACCCCUUCCCAGGCCAGGAAGACCAGUAGGGUGGGGGCCUCUCUGCAGCCUCACGUUGACCUGGCUGGACGUGAAAAGAGGCUCUCCCCCACCCCACCCUGCUUGGUUUGUGGGACUGCCCAGUCCCCAGCCCAGACAGCCAAGCAGAUAGAAGCCGGGGGGGGGGGGGGAUCCAGGCACCACCGGCAGCCAUUCCUGCGGAGCUGCUCAGGGGCUCUGCGCAGCCCCAAA